CAGAUUUACGCGCUAAGCGCUGAAUAUCGAAGAGAAACUUUUAAUUUCCCAUCUCACAUCUCUAGCCUUCUUUCUACCCCAAAAUGAAUAUUCCAACUGCUCAAGAAAACCCGUAUACUAUCCUUCGAAUCAAGCGCAAACGGAAUGAAGAACCUCUCGAUGCGUUGGUCAUCGAAUCUGCUCCUCGAAAGAAAACAAAGGGGGGAAAGGGCCUCUUUCAAUUUGCCCAGACCGUCGAAGACGCGGUGUGGCAGGAUGAAAAGCAACAAAGGGAAAUCCAGGAACGAAUAACUCGACUGGCUCGAGCAGAAGGAUCCAACCAAUCCAUUAUAUCCGACUCUUCAACCCCAUCUGCACCAGCAGUCAAACCUCUUCCUAGCGACCCGAGCCGCCGAUACACCGUCAUCGAGCGCGAAUCGUCGAACUACCCAUCUCAGUGGGACCCCUCUAUGCCGCCUCCCGUUUUAUCUGCGAGGGAGUUGCAAGCCCAAAAGGCUGCGACGGACUUCAAAAUGUAUGAUGCAGUCCUUGAGCGAAGCGACGAAGAAAAUGGAACAGACAUGGAUCCUGAAAUGGAGAAGAUUAUGCCCUUACUCCAGGCAUACCUGAAAAUGUCCAAUACUCCAGCUACUCCCGCUAAUGAUGGAGAUUCCGAUUAUGUGUGGGAUAUCUUUUACCAUCGGCCAGGUGCUCGUCAACAUUGGACCCAAACAUCUACCGUCGGAACCGUGUUCGUAUUCUCGCCCCGGCGCUACCGAUGCCUUUUCUUCCCUGAUUCGACUGUUGUAGCACUGGCCUUCCUUCCUUAGGUGACCCGGAGACAGACUCGGGGUCUGACGAAGAGGUAGAGGAUGAGGCCGAUGAGGAUUCCAACGGUAAGUCUCAAUGUACUAUCCUUCUGAAACGAUAUACGUAGUGCUUGAUAUAUUAGCCGAGGAGUACUACAAAAAUGAUUACCCGGACGAAGAAGAUAGUGACAACGAAUGGAAUUCCAGCGAUGAUUUUGAUCAGCAUUCCGAGUACUAUGGUGACGAUGGAUCUGAUCACGAAUGGAGGGACUAAUCUUCUUCCAUCUCUUUCUAAUCUCCCCCUACAAUCAUCUUUCGAUUUUAUCAUGUUUGUGUCCACCAGCAUUUGUAUAUGUAUCGAUAGCAUUCACAGGAAACAGAUUCUCGUGUCGUGGUAGC